AUGAAGCUACGUAAACAUAAAGGUUCAUUAGAUGAAGAAAAAUUAUUUGAGAAUAUCUCUAAAGAUGAUUGUGGUUUGAUAAAAAAGUUUACUUUGGGUGUGUGUGCUAUGGAAAGUAAGGUAGAAAGUGCACCAAUGGAAUGUAUAUUAAAAAGAUUAGCAAAGAGUGGAGAUUUUAAUAUAAUAAAAUUUAAAGAAGAUAUGAUAUUAAACCAAGAUAUCGAUUCAUGGCCAGUAGUUGAUUGCUUAAUAGCAUUUUAUUCUACUGGAUUUCCUUUAAAAAAAGCAAUUGAAUACGUAAAAAAAUAUAAGCCAAUAACAUUGAAUAAUUUAGAAAAACAGUUGAUAUUACGUUCACGAUUACAAAUAUAUGAACAACUUAAGAAGUGGAGAGUUCCCCAUGCUAAUUAUGUUGUAGUUGAUCAUGACACUGUAAAAAAAGGUGAACAUGUAUUUGAAGAAUAUUAUGAUUACAUAGUUUAUGAUAAUAUACGAUUAAACAAACCAUUCAUAGAAAAGCCACUAAAUGCGGAUAAUCACAAUAAUUGGAUAUAUUAUCCAAAAAAUACAGGAGGUGGUUGUAAAAAAUUGUUUCGAAAAAUAAAAGAUAGAAGUAGUGAAUACUGUCCAGAUAUACAUAAAGUAAGAAAUAAUGGUACAUAUAUAUACGAAGAAUUUAUGUCCACAUUUGGUACAGAUAUAAAAGUUUAUACAGUUGGUCAAAUGUUUGCUCAUGCGGAAGCAAGAAAAGCUCCAUCAUUAGACGGAAAAGUUUGUAGAACUUCUGAUGGUAAAGAAGUUAGAUAUGCUGUUAUUUUAUCAGAAGCUGAAAAAAUUAUUGCUUAUAGAAUUGUUGAAGCUUUUCAGCAAACUGUUUGUGGCUUUGAUAUAUUAAGAACAACUAUGGGUCCUUUUGUUUGUGAUGUAAAUGGAUGGUCAUUUGUUAAAGGUAAUGUAAAAUAUUAUAAUGAUUGUGCUCAUAUAUUAAGAGCUAUGUUUUUAGCAAAAUUAGAAGAAAAAUAUAAUAUAAUUCCUCGAGAUCUCGCUGAUAACUGGUAUAAUAUUGAAAAUGAAGAAGAGGUGUUAAGAAAAACUUUUAGGCAGCCAGAUGAUUUGCAUUGUUCACAUCACGAAGAAUUAUGUUCAGUUAUCAUUGUUAUGAGGCAUGGAGACAGAAAACCAAAACAGAAAAUGAAAUUCAUCACAGAUAAACCACUAUUAUUAGAUUAUUUUAACUGUGAAGAAAAUUUAUAUAAUGUUAUUGGAAAUAGAUCAUCCAUUGAUGACAAUAUUAAAAUAAAUCAAGAAUUAAAUAGUAAUAUUGUAUCUUUAAAUAAUGUUAAAAACAAUAAAACAGAUUCUUCUAUAUUUUCAAAUGAUACUUUAACCAAGAUAAACUCAAAACAAAAUGAUAAUACUUCUAAUACCCAAAAGAAUGAUCUCAUUAAUGAUGAUACGACAAAAAUAAAUGAAAUUAAUAAUGAUAAAACAUCUCAAGAAGAUAAAAAUAUUAAUAACUGUGAAAACGAAAAAAAAAACAAUAGUGAUAACAGUAUAAAUGAAAAAAAUAACGACAAAAUUGAAGUUCCAAACGAAAGUGAUGCUACUAAAAUGAACAAUAAGGAUUCCUCAUACAGUAAGACAUUAAAGGAUAGUACUAUUACGCAAUCAGAAGAAAUAAAAAAAAAUAACUUGUAUAAAGCAUAUAUGAGAAAAGAAAUAAAAUUUAAGUCACCAGAAGAAUUACAAGACUUAUUUUUAAUAAAUAAUAUUAUAUUGAACGAUAUUGAAAAGGAAUACAAAACUAUAAAAGAAACCAUUAUUAAAAUUCAAGAAAGGAAAACAGAAGAAACAACAAUAGAAAAAAGAAAUGAAAAUGAUAAUGUUAGUGAAAUUAUUACUUUAAAAAAAGAAAAUAUAAAUGAUAAAGAAUUAAUAAAUCGCUGUAAUUUAGAUACAAUGUCAAAAGAAGAGUUAGAAAAAAAAAGGGGAGAAUAUGAAAUAAUGAUUGAAAAUCAUAAAACUUUACAAAAAAUUCUUGAAAGGGGUGACGGAUUUACUGGUAUAAAUAGAAAAAUUCAAUUAAAACCACUUGACUUAGUAAUUGUGAAUGAUAAAGUUAUUGUUACUAAAAUUCUUGUUGUUGCUAAAUGGGGUGGAGAACUAACAAGAAUGGGUAGAAGACAAUCGGAAAAUUUAGGAAAAAGAUUUAGAGCUACAUUAUAUCCUGGAGAUUCAGAUGGAUUAUUAAGAUUGCAUUCAACUUUUAGACAUGAUUUUAAAAUAUUUACCUCUGAUGAAGGGAGAUGUCAAAUAACAUCUGCUGCAUUUACAAAAGGUUUUUUAGAUUUGGAUGGUGAAUUAACUCCUAUUUUAGUUGCUAUGGUUAUUAGAAAUUCUAAAGCUCAUAGUCUAUUAGAUGAUAAUAGACCAAGUUUUGAAAGAAUACAAUGUAAAGAAUUUAUUGAUAAUGUGUUAAAUGAAAAUAAAAAUAUUGAUGAUGAUUUACUAAAAAAAUUAGCAUCCGGAAAACAUUCAAGAGGAUUUCGAGAAUCUUUAAAGAAAAUUUCCAAUUUUUAUGAAUUAAUGGAAAAAAUACGAAAUACUAUCUAUGAAUUUUUAAAAAGUUUAAAUCAAGAAGUACAAAAAUGGUUAAAUUUAUUUCCUUAUGAUGAAUAUGCCUUAUAUGUAAUUGAUAUCCUACAUGAAAUACAAGUGAGAUGGAAAUCUUUAACAAAAAUGUGGUUCAAAAAAAAUAAUAAUAGAUAUGACACUUCAAAAAUUCCUGACAUUGUCGAUAAUAUAAGAUUUGAUUUAAUUCAUCACCACUCAUAUUUAGGUAGUGGGUUAGAUAAAGCUUUCGAAAUUUAUAAUUUAAUUGAACCAUUAGCAAAUUACAUUUCACAGGCUGAAUAUGGAAUAACAUCAGAAGAAAAGGUAAAAAUUGGUGUCAAUAUUGUCGGAAAAUUACUAAGAAAAUUAAUACAUGAUGUCACUUUUUAUAGAGAUGAAGAAGAAAGAAAUAAAAAAAAUAAUAAAGGUAAUAAUAUUUUUAAGAAUGCUUUUCAUAUUUCUUAUAUGAACCCUUUUAAUUUUUCUAAAAAUGAUGAAUUAAAGAAAGAAAAAAAUGAAGAAGAAAAAGAUUCAUUUAAAAACUUUAAUAUGUGCAAAUAUGACUCUAAACAAAAUUUUUUAGAUAAUUUUUUAUUCAAAAAUGGAAACAGUAAAAUAGAAAAAGAAAGCUAUGAAAAUGAAAAUAAAAAUAUGAAGAAAAUUAAUUCAGAAAAAGGUAUUUUUAACUGCACAUAUAAUGAUACAAUUAAUAAUUUAAAUAAUAAUGCAAAUAAUAAUACAACUAAUGUAAAUGGAUUAAAUAAUAUAAGUAAUGGAAAUAAUAAUAUAAAUGAUCAAAAUGUUUUAAUAAAUGAUAAUUCAAGCAUAAAUGAAUCCAAAACAAAAUUAAUAAAUGAUUUAAAUAUUGAAAAAAAACAGAAUAUGGAAAAUAAUUAUAUUAAAAAUGAAGUAAAAACGCAGAAUAAAAAAAAUUAUAUAGAUAAAGAAAUUCCAACGGAAACAGAAUUUUCUUCAGGGGAAAAAAAAAUAAAUUUAUCAUUAUCAGGAGAAAAAAAAAAAGAAGAAACAGAAAAAAGUUGUUUAAUAAAAGAAAAUCAACAAGAGUCAGAAAUAAAAAUAAUGAAAAAUAAAGAAGAAUAUAUCUCAAAAAAUAAUAUAAAUGAAAUAGACAAAAAUAUAUUAGAAUGUGAUUUAGUAAAUACCAAAUGUUUAGAAAAAGGAAAUGAAACAAAUUCUGAACCUAGUCAUACAAAAAGUAUAGCAAAUAAAAUAAUUAACAUAAACGAUAAGACUAAUAAUAAUGAUAUCUCAAUAAAAUGUUCAGAGUUAAAUUUAAAUGAAAAUAUAAAUGAUUUAAAUAAUUAUAAAAGUAGCGUAACUUAUAAUACUAACGUAAAAGAUUUAUACACUCCAAAAUUAAUUAACAAAAAAGAGGCUCUAGUUAUUAAUUCUUCUGAUUUAUGGGCACAUCAGAAUAAGUAUAGAAAAGAAAAUAAUGAAAAACAGAAAAUGAAGAAAAUGAAAAGUACUAUAGAAAACGAAUUUAAUGAAAAAAAAGAAGACGGUAAUGAAAAUAAUGUAGAGCAAAAAUUUCUAGAAAAGAUAAUGAAGCAAGAUGAUGAUAAUAUGAAGGAAAUAAAAGAAAAAGAUAAAAAAAAAACAGAUGAAGAAAAGGAAGAAGAAAAAGAAAAUAAAAAUGAAAAUAAAAAUGAAAAUGAGCAUGAAAAAGAAGAAGAAGAUGAAGGCGAAGAAGAACAGGAACAUGAUGAUGAUGAAGAUAUAAUUAGAUUAAAAGAAACCGAUGCUAGAAGAUUAGGUAUAAGAUCUCCAUGGAGAAUGGUAAGAUCACGAUAUUACGUUACAUCUGCUUCCCAUAUGAUUUCGUUGUUAAAUAUUUUAAUUCAUGCUAAAAACACAGACAGUUCAAUUAAUCAAAAUAUAAUUGAUAAUGAUUCCAUUAAAAGCAUGGGAGAUGUUACAGAUUUACACUAUUUAUCUCAUCUAGUUUUUAGAGUAUGGGAGAGAAAGCAAUUAAAGAGAAAUGAUAAUAAUCGAUUCCGUAUUGAAAUAUUAUUUAGCUCAGGUGCAAAAGAUGGGUUUGGUCAAAAUUAUGAACUUUUAGAAAAAGAUGCAAAAGCGCAACAACAAAAAUAUGAGAGGCAUUUUAAUAAAUAUUUUGAUGAUAAUAAAAAAAAUGAUAUAGCAAAAAAUGAUACUCCAGAAAAUGAAAAUAAAAUAAAUAAAAAAAGUGAACUGGCAGAACAAAAAAAUGUAAGGAAUGAUACAAUGUAUAGGAGCAUUUUAAAUGACGAAGUUAAUUUGAAAAUAGAAAAUAAAAAUGGGUCUGAAUUAAACAUCAAUAAUGAAAAUGAAAAUUUAAAUAAAUGUUUGUAUAGAGAUAUUAAUGUAAAUGAAAAAAAUAAUAAAUUAAAAGAAACAGAAAUGAAAAAUGACGAUGUAGAAUAUUUAAAAAAUUUUAACAAAAUGGACAACAAUUAUAAAAACUCCAUGGAUGUAUUACAUGAAAAUAGUUCAAAUAGUUCUUUUUUAGCAUCAUCAUUAAAUGCUAAGGAUCAUAAUCUGAGAAAUAAUAAAAAUAACAUUAAAUAUUCUAACAGUAUUGACGAGAUUAUACUUAACUGUAAUAAAAGGAAAACUAAUUUAAAUUACGGAAUACCAAAUAUAGAAAAAACAAGAAGUAGUCUACGUGUGUCUUCAAACAAUUUUACAAACACGGAAACUUUUAAUUCUUGCAAUAUUUUUAAAAGAGAAAAAGAAGAAAAAACAUAUAAUUUAAUUAAUAAAAGAGAAAUGUCACUAGAUAAUGGAAGUAUAAAUGAAAAAAAAAGUACAGAUAAUAACAAUUUAAAUAUCACAGGAAAUUAUAUGGUUAGAUCUAUUAGUUCUAAUUUAAGAAAAAAAAACAAAUCAAAAGAUAAUUUAAAGUUAGAUUAUGAAAAAAAAGAAAAAGAAGAUGUUACUAAGGAAAAUUUAUUAACUUAUGAAAAUGAUUGCAUUAAUUUAGGUUCAGAUGAUAUAUCUCGUAAAUCUUGUAGAAGAAGUUUUUCUUGUUUAAGUGAUAGAUCUUUUUAUAAAAAUAAAAAAGAAGAUGAAUUAAAUGAUGAUCAAAAAAGAAAAAAUAACAUAGAAAACAAAGUUAAUUUAUUAGAAGAUGAAAAAAUAAAAAAUAAAUUUGAAAAUAGUAAAGUACAUAGCAGUAGUGGAAGUAAAAAGACUAAUGUAUUUUCUCAUGUGUUCCAGCAUUUUAAUGAAAAUAAAAAAAAUUCUACAUCUAAUUUAAAUUUCUUUUAUAAAACAUACAUGCCUGAUUAUGAAAAAAUUAUUGAAAAUGAUAAAAAAGCAGAAACAUUUGAUGUACCUCCAUAUUGUGAAUUAGCUCCAUUAAUUGUUUUAACAAAAAAUUGCCAAUUAUCAACUUUUGAAAAUAUACUAACUCAAGUUUUAAAUAAAUAUUCAAAGAGUACAAAAAAUAAGGAGAAGAAUAAAAUUGAAAAAAAAGUAAUUUAA